UGACAACACUCCCAGCUACCACCGAGUUCGCGUAGGAUGUAGACGGCACGCUAGUCUUCAAAGGAGGGGGACCGCGCAGUUCCUGCAGUUCCUGCAGUUCCUGCGACAUUCCAUUGAGGGGCCAUUGGGCAGCUUGGUGGACAUUGAAGCAGGCGCAUCUCUUUGCUGUCUUUGACCCGAGAAGGGCAGGUGAUUGUACCCGAAGGAAAUCUCGGGCAUCUUUGAGACUAGGUUGCAUUGGCCUGGCAUUCAUAUGAGCAGCUUAGCCAACACAAUGCGCAGCAAGCAGGCCCUGUUUUGGGUUACGUUGGUCACUGUCUUGCUUUUAGUUGAAGGGGUCGACCGAUGCGAGCAGGCCGCAUUAAAUCCGGAUUCAAAAUGCUGCACCAGUGUGGACAUCCGAGACGAUGUCUACUGUCUUAAUGAAGCAACCUGCUGCUUGGGUACCCGAUACGGUUUGCUCCGGCUUGCUUGUGCUUUCCCUGGGGAAGUAUGCUGUGGUGCAAACCGUAUAUAUGCCACGGAUCAGUGCUGCCAUCAGCCGGACGAUACCUUUGGUUGCCCACCCGGGACAACAUGUUGCUAUUCGAGCCAGAUUGUUUCGGCGGGCCCACCCCCUUCUUACGCCAUUGAUUGUUGCCUACCGGAUUAUGACUGCGAUCUUGGGGGUUAUGGCUGCGUCCCAAAGUGCCUGCCUCCCAAACGUCAAUGCGUGGGGGGGAAGAACUUCUUUCCACUGUGCUGCGAGCCUGGUUUCGAGUGUUGCGUGCUAGCAGACGGUGAACCAUUGUGCGUGAGAUCAGGGGAUAACUCCGACGGUUUCAUUCGGUGUCCUGCCCCUUCAGCAGGCUACUGCUUUGAGAAAAACUCAUACGCGCUGGACACACCACCUGUCCGUUUGGUUUCUAGGCUUGCUGCCCCAGGUGAGGGCGUGGUUCCUUGUGGAGCGGAGGGAGCAAGUGCGUGUUAUGGCCCAAUGGGAGAAGGCCCAGUAUGCUGUGCGGGUCCGCUGUUCCAGUGCUCCACCCCCCCAACGAGCCCACCUUCUUGUCAGGCAAUCUACCCACGUGUCGAUAACCCCAGCCCCGUCUUUCCUCCCCCUCCUGGGGCUUCCGGAAGCAGCCCUGCUCCAAGCGCCACUGCAUCCGCAGGGGAGGUUCCUUGCAGCAAUAUGGGGACGACUCAGUGCUAUGGGCCAGGGGGGGAGGGCCCGAUCUGCUGCAUAAGCCCAGAGUAUCAGUGCGCUUCGCCACCCACCAGCCCCCCUGCUUGCGUCAAAAGCAAUCUAGGGGGCCCAUCCAGCUCGGCACCAAGCUCCCCGCUUCAGUCCCCAACUCCUACAGGGACCGCUGCCGCUUCGCUUGGGCAAGUCUCUUGCUCCGCAGACGGCGCCACUCCCUGCUAUGGACCGGAGGGUCAAGGUCCUCUCUGCUGUGCCUCAGGUUAUCAAUGUGCUAACCCGCCGACCAACCCCCCUUCUUGCCAAUCCCUGUCUACCAGCCCCAGUCCAACAAAAGUGUCUCCCAUUCCAACAACGGGCAGUCCUACGGCCUCGGUUACUCCCCAGCCAACAGUCUCCACCCCCACCCCAAGCACUUUGGCCCCGCUGGCUACCACCCUCCCGCCAGCCACUCCUAGCCCCACAACUCUGCCCCCAAACUCUCCUGCCCCAACAACCCCCGCUCCUACAACUCCUGCCCCAACAACUCCCGCCCCGACAACUCCUACCCCAACAACUCCUACCCCAACAACUCCCACCCCAACAACUCCCACCCCAACAACUCCUACUCCUACAACUCCCGCCCCCACAACUCCCGCCCCCACGACUCCCAUGCCUACGACUCCUGCGCCCACUACUCCUACUCCGACCACUCGAGUCACUCCAACCCCGACCCCAAAAAGUUCAACUCCUAGGCCUACAGACUCCAAUACUCAAUUCCAAAUUGUGGGGUCAUUUACCAUCAGAACCUUGCCACCGGAGAGCUUUGAUGCUGACAAACAAACGAGCUAUGUACAGGCUUUAUUGCAGUCCUCGACUGCGGUAGAAGAGGUCUCGAUCACGAGCAUUCAGCCAACCAACGAUGGCGCCGGUAGUAUCGUCGAGACGACAAUAACGGUCGAUGGUCAGGCCGUUGAAGAGGUUCUCACGGCCUUUACAUCUGGCUUCGUUUCCGCCCUGGAGCCGGCAGUUGGAGAGACGGAUAUCGAUCCGAACAGCCUGUUUGCAAAGGGCUUCCCUUCCCCAUCUUCAGCUCCUCCCAUUACUACGUCAGACCCGGUUUGCUCCAAGGAUUGUCCCUACAGUGUUGGCGGCGUACUGGUAUGCGGGAGCAAAUGCUGUCGGUCUCGUGCGCCUGGGGUCAAGUGCCCUGCUUACCCGGGGGACUACAACGCGUGUGGACAGGUGUCCAAUGGAGGACUCGUGGGAAAGGUUAUCAACUUCAUCGGUGGUGCUGGAAGCAGCGAUUUGUUCGCACCUGGUUGCAACUUCCAUGACGUGUGCUACUCAACUCCUGGCGCCAGCAAAUCUACCUGUGACGACGAACUUUACGUACGCACCCGCGAAGCCUGCGAUGUGGUGCCUACGUCAUUUGCGGCGGCCCGAUGCCGCAUGACAGCACGGGUCGGACGCCUCUUCUUCUCCACCGACUUUGGUUCUAAAGCCGCGUACGAGAGUGCCCAGGCAGCAACCUUGGCGUACGCAUUGGCCUUUUGCGGUCAUUGAGUGACCGGCCCAAGUAGUCUGCAAACGGCUGCAGUACCCAACAGGCAGCUUUGUCUACCAGCUUUUAGGUUCUCAUAUUCCUAAUGUAGAACCCGGUUUUCUCCUGAUCAACAACCUCUCGGUUUCCUGGAUUUGAAUUCCAUUUUUGUAGAGCCUGGCGUCAGAAUGAACACAAGGGCUCUUCGUGGUUUGCUGCAGCGGGUUUUGAUUGACCAAUGUAGUCAUCAGGGUUGAUUUCACAAGAAGAGUCUGUAGAGUCCGGCCCAGGCGUUGAGAACAACUCAAGAUGCAGUCGGACGGUGCCGGGCCAGACAUGAUUUUGCAUCUUUGAGAGAAAUUAUUCUUGCCACUUCUACGUGAUUGGGCGGCCCGUUGGCAGGGUCAAAGCCUCUUCGAGAAAGCCGUUCUUGGUAACACUGUAUAAGCUACCUUCCCGCAAUUUUGGUCGGAGGUAGGAUGAUUGAGUGCUUCAUUGACUUUCACGGAUUCGGAAUUGCGUAGUAACCGGCCCACAAACCACGCUGGGUCCAGUAACAAACCCGUAGCGGUCACUAUGUGCUCCGUUGGAUUGCUCGUGUUAGGAGAACGUCAUGUCAACGAACGUGUAAGGAAACCUCGUUUCAAGCCAAAGCGGAAAAGCGUGGCCCGG